GGACUUUUACUGCAACGGCCGAUGCCGGCUAUGUUGUUUAUUUUCGAUGCUGAUGCGCUUCACAACCGUGUAUCGUUCCUCGUUUGGCCGCUCUCGAAUCAAAUGGAAUAAAAAUGCACCUUCCAGCUAGCUUGGGAUUUGCAUUGAGUGUUUUGAUACCCGCUGUAAUAGCUGCACAAACAGUUCACUACCUGCAACCGGAUGGCGUCAUCGCGUACAAACCGGACCGCUCCAGUAUCUAUCGGCCUGGGUUGCGUAUCUAUUGCUACCGUGGCCGAGAAAAGCAGACCAUUAAUCUAUUUGAGACCAUCAUCCUGAAUUUCGAUUGCGACCACAAUGACUUUAGCCAGUACGAGGGUGGCUCGCCGGAGGAAGUUCGAACCCAUCACGAAACCGAGCAGAGUUUGUUUUCCUUCAAUUUGCUGUCGAACAACCAGAAGCGGGUGAUCAAGCUCGACCCGUUCAAUCAGAGCUGCAUUGGAAUCGUGAGCAGUGAGGAGUACAGCGUCCGAUUGAAUCUGAUUCGAAUCGAUUUCUGGAGGGUUUUACUGCUGGCGGCGGGAGUUUUUGUGUUCCUAUCGGCUGCUAAGCUGAGCGAUAAUGCGCUGUUUUACUACAUCUGCGGUGUUGGACUGGGUGUGUUUGCGAGCUUUUUGGUGAUUGUCUACAUGGCCAGUAAGCUGUUUCCGCGAAAGCCGAUGAUGUACGGUGUGAUGCUUGGCGGGUGGACACUUGGGAUCUACUUUGCCCAGCUAUUGUUUGACAAUGUGCGACUGAUAUUCGUUACCUACCAGGUGUACGUUUUCUGGUAUAUUUUGAUAACUGGUUUCAUCAGUUUCGUGAUUUGUUACCGGUUGGGACCACCGAAGAACCAGAGAAGUAAGAAUUUAAUCAAGUGGAGUUUGCAACUGGCUGCCUUGGCAGCAAUUUUCUUUUCGUCAGCCUAUCGGGAAGCGACUACUGGAUUUUGUAUUGGAAUAGCUAUUUGCUACUAUUUCCCGAGAAGCAUUCUGUUGAAGGUGCGUUCUUUUUACAGACGAAGGUUCCCACCAAAGAAGCGAUUUUUGACAAACGAAGAAUACUACGAGCAGGGUGUGCGAGAAACCACAAAGGCUUUGGAAGAGUUGAGAGCCUACUGUAGCAGUCCGCAGUGCAAGCAGUGGAACACGGUGCUGAAACUGAAGGAUCCGUCCAGGUUCGCCUCCUUUAUGGAGGGUUCGUCCCAUCUGAUGGACGACGAAAUUCUCGAAUAUGAAACUUCUAAUGCUCAUAUAAGUGAUGAUGAAGACGAGGAUGGUGGUGACCAGGGGCAAGGCGACGGACCGCAACUGGUAGAUGAUUCCGACGACGAGGAAGAGAUCCCACUCCGACAAAGAAUCACUCCUUCGCGGGAAGCAGGAACCUAUCGGAAGUUUGCUGCUCAAAAUGGACGCAGUUUGCUUGCAACUAGUAGCACACCGACAACGGCAGCGUUCCUGACCAUGGGUGGCCGCAAUCGCAGUCUCAGCAGACAUGCCACGCCGACGGUUCAACCAGUGCGGAAUACGGUCGAGUUCAGCGAAGAUGAAGAUUGAUAAGGCCAUCAUAAUCCUUUGCUCGUUCGUUUGGUUCCUAGGUGUGUACAUAAAAUAAUAACGUUAAUUAUUUCAUCCUUGGGAAUGACCCAACCAUUUUCUACUCAUCACUAAUUAACGUUUGUAUUCAUACACAACACUAACUUAUACUGUGCCCGACCUGUUAAACUGACUUUUAACAUUAAAACGUAAACGAACGAAAUCACAAUUGUAGGAUAUCAGUGCAGCGGCUGUUCAUUGAAUAACUCAAACUUAAUUGUGAAGAAUAAAUUAAGAAGAAUUAAAUUUGAAGUGAAUUUUCAA